AUGUUAGCUCCAGGGGGAGUUGCAAUUGUUACGGGGCUGCUGGCCCACCAACUUGUCUUUAUUCACGGAGAAUGGCACCUGAAGAGUCCCAGGGUCCUUGUUCUUCAUCUUCUUUUUGGCACUCUAUUAUUUGCAAACCAGGCUUUUGGUCAUGAAAGCGCCCAAGCCAGUUUGCUUAAGACAAUAUACUUGGCGGCAUGUUACCUGUUGUCACUAUUCACUAACAUAACAGUAUAUCGACUCAUAUUUCAUCGGUUGAAGAACUUCCCCGGCCCAAAAUUAGCAGCAGUGACCAAAUUAUGGCAUGUGUGGAAAUGCCGGGACUCUCGUGGCCAUCUCGUCUUGCAAGCCUGGCACGAAAAAUAUGGCGAAUUCGUACGAACCGGUCCCGCUGAAAUUACCAUAUUUCACCCCGAGGCCUACGAGGCGAUGGAUGGCCAUGACAAUAAAAAUACACGCUCUGAUUGGUAUGACCUUCUAUAUCCUCGGAUAUCGUCAAUUUUUACUCGCGACCGACAGCUGCAUAAUGAACGGCGGAAGGUGUGGGAGCAAGCGCUGAGCACAAAGGGUUUGGUCGACACCAUGGUCCAAAAUAUAUCGAAGACUGACAGUCGUUCAGCAUUGCUCCAAUAUCAUCGGCGGGUGGUGGAAAAGGUACAAAUAUUGGAAAGACUGGUUACUUUGGAACGAUCACGCCCUGUCCUCAUAAACGACCUGAUGUAUUUCUUCGCUUUUGACUCGAUGGGUGAUUUUGCUUUCAGCGAAGAUUUCGGCAUGAUGAGGAACCAGAGGUGGCAUUCGUCAAUAGCCAUGCUCCGCUCAGCGCUCACAUUGCUGGGUCCACUCAGCCCUGCGAUAUGGAUCCCGAGAUUGGGGUUUGCAUUUAUUCCCACCGUGUGGAAGGUCCGACACUGGUUCCAUAUGCUUGAGUUUUGCGAUCAAUGCAUGGCUCGACGGAUGAAGAAAACACCCCCAGAUCGCGACAUUGCGUCUUGGUUCAUUGAAGACCACGCGAAACACGAAUCAGAUCCCACACGGGCAAAGUGGUUGAGCGGUGAUACUGCAACGUUAGUUGUAGCUGGAAGGUCAGUAAGACUGGAUAUUAUGAGACAACGGACUGAUAGUUGCAGCGAUACCACUGCACCGAGUCUAACCCUUCUCUUCUAUUUUCUCGCUCGCUAUCCCAUACAUACUGAGAGGAUAUAUGAAGAGAUACGCGAGGUUGAUAGAGAGAGCCCAGCUGCCUUGGCUACGUUGCCACAUUUGAAUGGGACUAUAAACGAAGCCAUGCGAUUGCUUCCUGCAGUACUAACAUUUAGCUCUCGGGUAACUCCACCAGAAGGACUCACGAUAGAUGGCACGUUUAUCCCAGGAAACACGAAGAUAUGUGCACCACGUUAUACAAUCGGUCGACGUGAGAAUCUCCAUAUCCUCGCUUUGGUCAGAAAUACUAAAGUGCUUCAAGUUGAGACAGCAUAUGUCCAUCCCCAUGAGUUCAUUCCCGGGCGGUGGUACAGCCAGCCGGAGCUGAUCAAGGAUAAAAGGGCAUUUGCUCCUUUUGGUGUCGGGCGUACAAGCUGUGUUGGCCGCCAUUUAGCUCUUGCACAAAUCCGUCUCGUAAGUGCUGCCUUGGUGUUUCGCCAUCGGAUCAAAUUUGCGCCCGGUGAAAAGAAUGGCGAGGCCGUGGAACGAGAUAUGAAGGACCAGCUGACUGCUCAGCCUGGUGCUUGUCGGCUUGUGUUUGAAAGUCGCGUAUAA